GAUUUUUUUUAAAAAGAAACAAAAAAAAAACGUAAGAAGGAGCUUCUCUUUCCUUUUCCACUUCUCAUCUGCUCUGCACAAACUCCAUCCAUUUUUCUUUCCUCUUUGCCCAUUUCAAAACUAAAACAGUCAAUCCUUUCUUUUAUUAUUGGACAAAAAAAAAAAAAACAAAAAGAGAGAGAGAGAGGGCUCUCUCGCCCUCUGAUUGAUUAUAAAAGCUUCAUCCUCUCAAAGCUUUUGGAUUUCAAUCUCCUCUCUUCUCCGUUUUCUUAAACUUUCGGAAUACAGGAUCGUGGGUCGAUCGGUUCACAGAAUCCGAUCAAGACCCAGCUAUUCGUUUUCAUCGUUACAUCCUUUUUGCUUUCCGUAAAGAAUGGAUAUGGAGUCAGGUAAGCUCUUCAUCGGUGGCAUCUCUUGGGAGACCACCGAAGACCGUCUUCGCGAGUAUUUUCAGAGCUUCGGCGAGGUUUUGGAGGCUGUCAUCAUGAAGGAUCGUGCCACUGGUCGUGCGCGUGGCUUUGGUUUCCUUGUCUUCGCUGAUCCCAAUGUUGCCGAGAGAGUCGUCUUGCUCAGACACGUCAUCGAUGGUAAACUUGUUGAGGCGAAGAAGGCAGUUCCAAGAGAUGAUCAGAAGAGUAACAGCAGUCUCCAGGGAUCAUCACCUGGUCCAGCUAACAGUAAAAAGAUCUUUGUUGGAGGUUUGGCGUCAUCCGUUACAGAGGCUGAGUUCAAGAAGUACUUUUCUCAGUUUGGGACCAUCACUGACGUUGUGGUGAUGUAUGACCACCGAACACAGAGACCGAGAGGCUUUGGGUUCAUCUCUUAUGAAUCAGAGGACGCUGUAGACAGAGUUUUGCGGAGGACGUUCCACGAACUCAAUGGGAAGAUGGUGGAAGUCAAACUGGCUGUUCCCAAGGACCCAAUCCGGAACCAAAUGAAUGUCAAUGGCUUUGGGAGUGGUAGAAUCAGUGCAUUGCUGAUGAACGAGUACUCACAAGGGUUCAGCACGAGUCCAGUCUCCAGUUAUGGAGUGAAACCUGAAGUUAGGUACAGUCCAGGAGUAGUUAAUAGGGGCGGAUUCUCACCUUUUGGACAUGGAUAUGGGAUUGAUCUGAAUUUCGAGCAAGACCAGACUCAGAGCUAUGGAUCUGGCUCCAGUGCAGGCUUUGGACGGCCCUUUAGUCCAGGAUAUACUCCGAGCCUUAGCAGGUACAGUAGCCAGAUCGAGACAGGAGGAGCUAACGGUUCAGCAGCAAAGAAUCAUUUAUGGGGAAAUGGUGGUGGUCUAGGUUACAUGUCAAACUCACCAAUAUCUAGAAGCAGCUUCAGUGGAAACUCUGGGAUGUCUUCACUAGGCAGCAUUGGAGACAACUGGGGAGGAGCAGGUGCACGUGCACGUAAUAGCUACCGCAGUGAGGGAGGAGGCUUAGGAUUAGAAGCAAUGAGAGGAGUUCAUGUUGGUGGUUUAAGCAGCGGCUCAAACAGCUUGGAGGCAGACUCUUUGUACAGUGACUCGGCGUGGCUUUCGCUGCCUGCAAAGGCGGAUGAAAGAUUGGGAAUGGGAGCAUUUGACUUCAUGUCUAGAGGACCGGCUGGAUACAUCAACAGGCAACCAAACGGAGGAAUUGCAGCUUAGAGAAAUGAUUUGGCUAUUUGCAGGAGAGAGAGUUUUUAGAAGAGGGAAAAAAAAGUUUAAAAUAUAUUUGUUCAAAAGAAAAGUUUUAAAAGCUUUUAUUUACUUUUUACUAUUUUAAUUGUUGCUAUAGUUUCUUUCAUUUCACCUUUGUUUGUUAUCUAAUUUGGGGUUUUGUUUCUUUAAUCUUAUAAAAGAAAAUGUAAACUUAUAUAUAAAAAGACAAAGAAACACUGAAGUGUAUGAAGUUAUUGUCUCUCUUC